AUGUCAAAAAUUACAAAUUUUUUCACGCCCAGAACGAGCAGUGGUGGUGGGAAGCGCUCAAAUGCGAGUUCAAACAGCGACAACAACAACGACAACAAAAAAGAUGAAGACGAACCGCCACCUAAACGGAGUCUGAAGUCAACUUCUUCUGAGGCAAUUGGAGCGAGGUGUGCUUCUUCAAAAAAAUCUUCGGUCAGUUCUGAGGAUGUAGAGAGUAUAAUCAACGAUCUUUUUACGGAAGAUCAAAAGAAAGUAUUGCACCACUACCACCGCUGCCGGAAAGAAAUUGUUCUGGCCUUCGAACAGACGAAAAACAAAGGCUGUCAAGCAAGAAAGACAAGUUCCAACACGAGUGGCUCUUCGAAGCAAACGUAUUUUGUGAAAAGACAGGUUUGAGAUGGCUCGUGUUUGUUGAAGGUGAGGGUAUGUAUUGCUUGAUUUGCAAAAAAUACAAAUGUACGAAUCAACAAAACAAAUCCGACAUUUUUAACGAGAAGCCUUCUGUAAGAUACAAAACGACAGCAAUCAACAAACAUGCACAGUCGCAGAAACAUUCAGCGGCAAUUUCAUGCGAGAUGAUGAACCGAGUUUCUGUUUUCCAAAAAGAAUUGGAUGAGCGGCAGAAAGUGAACGACGACAUUCUUUACAAAGUAUUUUAUUCAAUUUACUGGCUAGCUAAGGAGGGAAUCGCAAACAGAAAAGCAGCGGGCUUGUUCACCCUUCUUGAGAAGCUAGGAGUAAGUGAUCUGAAGUACUUUGAUCAUCGAUCACCAGCAUCAGUGCGAGAAAUGUUUAGUACCCUGGGCUGUGCACUGAAAGAGAAAGUUGUGAAGAGAGCAAAAACGGCAGGAUGUUUUGGACUUCUCGUGGAUGACGUGUCAGAUAUAUCAGUCAUGGAGCAGAUGAUUACAUUUAUCCAGUUUUACGAUGAAGACAGCAGUGAAGUCACUGUUGAGUUUCUUUCGGUGGACAAUCUUUUAGAGAAAAAUGACUCUGCAAAUGCCACAGCCAUGUUUGAAACAAUCACGUCCAAUUUGCAAGCAUGUGCUCUCUCUACUAAAAAACUUAUUGGGUUGGCUACAGAUGGGGCUUCAGUUAUGGUGGGAAGAAAGAAUGGGCUAGCUGCUAAACUGAAAGAGGUCAACCACCGUUUGGUUUCAGUACACUGCAUAUGUCACAAUUUAGCCUUGGCAUGCACUGAUGCCAAAGAUGACGCAAAUUUGAAGUUCAUCAAAGAGGUUGAAACUGUGGUAACUCAACUAUGGAAACUCUUUGAAAACUCGCCAAAGCGACUUGCUUGCUACCUGAAGGUCCAACAGCAAAUGAAAAAUCUUAAACUGAGUAAUGAGUCAAGAAAGAUGGUAACAAAGAAAUUAAAAAAGGCCUGCGAUACCAGAUGGCUAUCAUUCAAUAGCGCAGUCCAGUCCUUGUACACUGAUCUUGUUGCUGUAGUUCAAACCCUCAAGCAGUUGAAACAGGACCCAAAUCAACCUGCAGCGUAUGGCUUAUUGAAAAAGAUCAACAAAGUGAAAUUCAUUGGUGUAGUAUACAUUUUGAAGUGGAUUCUUCCUAUAUUGGCGACCCUCAGCAAAUCCUUUCAGAAAGGCGCUAUCAAUUACGCCUCAAUAAAGCCCUCCAUCGACCACAGCAAAGACAAGCUAAAUGAGGUCAAGAGCAGAGAAGAAGCCAUCAAGCAACUUAAGCAAGAUCUUUCUAGUGGUGGUCGUCUUGAGACCCUGGAGCUUGUGUGCACUGAAAGCAAUGUUAAAGAACUACAGGGACUUCUCCAGAAAUACAUCAAAGCCCUUGUGAAGAACAUUGACAAGAGGUUUAAGUCAUCUCUGCCGGUGCUCAGUGCAUUUUCAGCAUUUGAUCCCAUGCUGAUACCAAACAGGCAAAGUCCUGCAUUCCAUAGCCACGGAGAUGCAGAAGUUAAGGUUCUAGCUGACCAUUUCUUUGAUGGUGAUGACAGCGAGGCAGACGAAUUUAAAACAGAGUGGAAGAAGCUGAAGUACGAUCUGCUUUCAUGGAAAGAACACAUCCCAAAAGACACAGUGGAAGGCAAGAAAGGCACACCUACCGAGUGGUCACUUAAAAGAGUCAUGGCCAUGAAGUCAACAUUUGGGCAGUUCUAUCCAAGAUCUGUUCACCCUUGUAGAAUCAGACACUAUGUAGAAUCUAUGCAAAUGCUAUGUCACAAAGCUAUGCAAAACCUAUGUUAAUCAGUCAUACAUUGCUUUAACCAGAUCCUAUGUUGUUUCUAUGCCAGGACUAUGUUUUUUGUAUCGAAAAUGCUAUGUUUUCGCUAGUCAAACGGAACCUACUUAAAAGCUAUGCAGUUUUUAAAGGUAGGAAUAAAGGAAGAAAUGACAUAGUUUCCACAUAGCCUAUACAUACAGUUUACUUAGCUUGUGGAAAGAGAUUUUAGACUUCAUAGUCAACCUCAUAGAAAAAUCAUAGAAAAUAAAUAGCCUUCACAUAGGACUGAAAUAGAGUUUACAUAGUAAAAUGGAACAGGGAACAGUUGAUUAAAUAGCUUUUGAAUAGGGUUUGCUUAGAAUUUAGAUAGCCUUGAAAUAGAAAAAACAUAUGAAAAACAUAGCCUUUUUAAAGGUGACAUAUACUUUGCAUAGCAUUAAAAUAGGGAAAACACAGAACAAAAUAGUCUUUGCAUAGGUUUGAAAUAGGAUUUUAAUAGUAUUUGAAUAGGUAAAACAUAUCACAUACACAAGCUUUAACUAGAGUUCAAACAGAAAUUACAUAGAAUUGACAGUCUCUUAUGUAUGUAGGUUUCGAUCUGCUUAAGCAAAUGUAGUGUUUAAAAUACGUUCGAAAAAAUCACCAAAAUAGUAAAAAUAGUAUAAACAUAUGAAUUAGAAUACCUCUUACGUUGGUAAGAAAUAGGUUUUGAAACAAAACAUUGAAAAACUAUGGCAAUAUAAUACCACGAACAUAGUAACACAAAUGCAGUAUUUUCAUGGAGGUUUUAGAAUCGAAACCCCAAGUUUAAGUUUGCUGAUCGUGUAGACUUUUUGCUGAUGUCGUGCUCUUCAGUGCCAUACAGUUUCCUUUUGACUGCAACGAAUAAGUAUCUGCAAACAGAAAAGUGGAGAUUUUAAGGCAAAUGAACAUAAAAACAACCCGACGUUUUAGAAUUGAAACGAAGGAGUAUCAAAGCGUGAUCGACCGAUCCUUGUUCAGAUACGCGAAAAGGGGAGACAACACAAGCAAAUCGAAACUUAAUUGAGAAAAACAUCACUUACCAACGUUAGGAAUACUUUUUGUUGAACCUGGCAGGAAAAAGACUGGAAAUUGAAGUAAAAAGAAGCGUCUUCUUGUAAAAACGCACGCUUACAGCUCGUCUUCUUUGACUUGAAAGCGCCCGCGUGGAAACAGACAAUUUUCACACCUUUUCAUUGGUUGAAAAGGCCCACGUGACGAUAAAACGCAAAAUACGCAUGUGUUGAACUCACGGGCUUCCCUGGGAACUAGUGGAAACAAAAUGGCGGACAAACAGCCACCGAGGCAGGUAGCGUUCCGCAGUUUUGACCAUGCAGUUAUAUUCAGGAGACGUCCACAAUCAAGACGAAGGAUCGAACCCAAUGUAAAAGAAGAAAAUGAUGCAUGGCAGUAUCAUUUCAAGUGUAGAAACUCUAGGGAAAAGCUAGAAAGGAAAGUUAAGACAGGGAUGAUGGAUGUAGCGAUUCAAUGCUUAACAAAAAUCUUCUCACUAAGAAACUAUCUGCAAGCACAAAAAAAGAUUAUAGUACAUGAUUUUUCAGCGUUUUAGUUUAAAACACUGCUUUUUACUUUGAAAGUAUGCUUAGCCUUCUGUAAGCGCUACCAUCAACAUGCCUAGUCACUUAAAAGCUAUGUUGGAAUAUCACAAAGGAAACGCAUAGACUACAUAUAUUUUUCAUAUGAGUGACAUAGGAAAAAAGAUGUUUAUGUAAAAGCUAUGUAGCCUUUAUCUCACGAUAAAGCUAAUUGAAAAUGUCACAUAGUGAAUACAUAGGCUGCAAAUAUGUUUCAUCACAUAGCAUAGAAUAUACAUAGCACUAUGUAAAAGCUAAGAAACUUGUUGGAAAUAAAAGUGAAGAUCGAAAUGCUAUGUAAAAGCUAUUUUACUUUGAUGCAUAGUGAAUACAUAGGAUGCUGAUCGGAAGGAAAAGCAGAACUUUCUAUUGCAUAGUAAAUACAUAGCUAUGUCAAGACUAUGAAAAGAUUUUGAAUAGUAUUUGCAUAGGUAUUCAAAAGCUAUGUGCUUUUCAAAUAGCGUAAACAUAGUUUCAACAUAGAUUUUGCAUACUUUGGACUAUGUUGUUUGGUGUGUUACAUAGUUAAUACAUAGGCAGUAGUGAACAUAACAUAGCUGAAACAUAGUCCAACAUAGUAAACAAAUAGCAUGAGCAUAGGUUUUGCAUAUGUCUGGUUCUACAAGGGCAGGUAGCGGAGGCAGCACUUGCAAUCCCAGUUUCCAAUGCUUGGCCCGAAAGGGGCGCUAGUCAGUUGAAAUUGAUCAAGAGCAGGAUAAGAAGUCAGAUCAAGAACGACUUACUUGCAUCUCUCCUUCAUAUCACCAUCAAUGGCCCUGUCCCACAUACAGAAGCCUGUGAUUCCCUGGUCAGCAAAGCUGUGGACAUGUGGAAAACUGCAAAGAAGAGGAGAAAGCUCCCAUACCACAAACCAAGCACGCAGCGAGAACCCAACAGUGAAACAGAAGCUGCCACUCCCAGCACCGUCGUACAAGAUAUGGGGACACAGACAGAUGCAACAUCGACCACCGAGUUGCAGAACAUCCGAGAGGAGUAUAAAGAAGCACUUCAUGUUCUUUGCCUUGAUGACAUGGUUGAGGAAGAGCUAGAUUCUCUGGAAGCUUUUGCUAAAAGCCUUGAGAGUGAUGACAGUGGAGACAGUGGAGUUGAUGAAUAG